ACAAUCUCUCUUAUCAUACCUCUCAAACACAUGAUUCAAGUGAGCAUGGCACCGUGCGAUGUAGACUCAAACACCGUCUCUCAAAUGAAGGCAGCAAUACUGAAUGAUUUGGCAGACCGUUACCAAGGGGAGCAAGCAGAGUUUCUGUAUGAGAGCAGUGCGUUGGACCGCCGGUUCCGGGCCCUCCCCCAUCUGAAUAACAGCGAAAGGGAUGAAAUUUUCAACAGGCUCAAGUUAAAAGCAACACAGAUGCAGAACCAGAACCCUAGUGAAGAGGAAAGUGCAGCACCAGGCAGCCAUGAACAUGUAGCUGGACACUCAAAAACUGACCCGCCACAAAAAGCACAUGCUGUGGGAGGUGUCUCUCCUCCAUCCAAAAAGACUGCUCUUGAAGAUCUCCUUGGGGAUUCUUUUAGUCAAGGGGACAGCAGAACACAGCACACUGCUCAGAUUGAUGCAGAAAUUGACUUGUACCGCAAAGAGACCUCUAUCUCACUCAUGGCUUGUCCUCUCGAGUGGUGGAAAGACAAUGCACAACGUUACCCACUGCUGUCAACCUUGGCCAAGUCAUAUCUCUCUGUCCCAGCAACCUCAGUCCCAAGUGAGAGGGUUUUUUCUGUUGCAGGGGACAUUGUAAAUGCCCAGAGAUCCCAGCUUUUACCAGAUAAUGUUGAUAUGCUAAUUUUCCUUAAAAAAAACCUGUCUCUGUCUGAAUAAGUGAGUGUGUGAGUGAAUGAGGUGAGUGUUCUCAAAUACUCAUUCAGCACAUGGGCCAGCUGCA